ACCAUCUUUAAAAUGAAGAUAAUAAUUCCUGUUUUGCCCAUCUCACAAAAUGGGGUGGUUUUUUUUUUUUUUUUUGAGAAUCCAGUGAUGUAAUACAUCGAAAAUUCCUUGAGAACCUUUCAUAUUACAUGCCAUACAAAUGUAAGGGAUUAUUAUUAAUAUUAUUAAUGGAUCACAGAGAUUCCAUAGCACUGAGAAAACAAAGGAAUUAAAAGAAUGCAACACUCUGGAAGUUUGCUGGGGCAGCCUUCACUCUGAAUUACACUGACUUUUCCUCAGUCAUUUUCUGGAAUCAAAAAUGGGGAAAAUAAUAUUUAUUCCACAGGGCUUGAGGAGGAAUGAAAUGAAAUGUGUGUGAAUGCUCUAGAGUAGUACUGGGGAUAUGUCUGGCCUCUUUUCCAAAACUUCCAGUGAUGAAACCUACCUCAUCAGAUAUCCUGUCAGAUGAUCCAGAUAGGAUAGUAAAUGUUCUGAUUUGUUACUAUUUCUGUCAUUCUCUAUUUACUCCACUUCCUAUAAUUCCAAAACAAAAAUAGACAGAGUUUUCGGAUAGCAAGCCCUGUGCUCCCUCUCUUACAAGGUCAGUUGCAUGGGAGUUGCAGCACAAAUAUUUGGGGAAUUAUUUAGUGAUUUUAGGGCCCUAAUUCUGUGGAACUGAGCUGAUUCAUUCCUCCACAUAUUGUUGAACAGAACCCACUGCCGCCACUUACUUUACUGGUCCCAGCCUACCUUCCCCACCUCUCUCCUCACGUAUCCCUCAUUCUGGGCUUCCUAGAAGACUUGCCCAUGACUAAGCGUGCCAGCCAGCACUGCAAUAUAGACACUGAUUCUCUUUUUUCUCUUGACCAUAUUAUGAGAAUUCUUCUCUAGAGGUACAUCUCUGUUUUAAAUCCAUCGAGACCCUAAUUAAUCUUACUCAGCAUCCACCUAGCGAUGUGCUUUCAGUUGCUAACUGCUUUACCUGGUGAGUAAAAGGCUUUAUCAGUUAGGCAGCAGAAUUGAGAAUGGAUGGAAAGCCCACUGCUCAUUUCCUUACAUCAUACUUCCUGCCGUGAAAUUCUUAGACCCUCAUAAGCCCAUCAUUUCUAUGGCUGUCUUGUUCCUUCAUUCUCUCCCAGCAAGAACUCUAGGAUGAUAUUUGGUAUAAUUGUGCUAACAUCUUCAAACACUGCAGUUAGGUGUUUGAAAUAAAAUGUGUAAUUAUGGUAGUGGAAAGCUACAUCUGAUUCCAAACAAACCUCAUGUUCCCCUGGCUAUAAUUAGAGAGCAAGGUUUGCAGCACAGAUUUUCCCAUGAAAGCCAGUUCAAGUGAGGUUUCUGUCCUUUCAGAGGGGCUCCUGGAGGUGGAGAUUGUGAUGAAAUGGUUUGACGUUAGUCCCCCUUCCCAAUUCUAAAGUGAUUGUCCAUUAUCAUUCACAGAGUCUAAAAGCACAAAAUAGAUGCAAGGAAUUAAUGUUUGGAGUUUUGGAUAAUAGUCUUCCAGUUUAUUUGUCUCUGAACAGGGACUCAUUAGAACAAGGAAGGAAAGUUACAGACACCCACAGAAACCCACGGACCAAAGUGUGCAGAAGUAAAAACUGUCUCUUAAAUGCCUCCAGAGCCUAAAUGGGAAACCCUUCAGCUUUGGAUAAAAUUAAACAUUGUUUUGAAUAAUCUCAUAGGUCUCUGCAACUUAGCAUCCAUCAGAAUAGGAGUAGCAGCGAGAUGACCAAGGGCUCAGAGGUUUUCCUCCUCCUCUUCGAGGACUGUCCAUGUGAAUCUCCUCGAAACUGUGGACUUCCCCACUGCCCUUGGAGGGGUUUUGUAAUUAGGCAUAUUUAGCUGUCCCAUGUUAUACAGCUACAGGAGGAAUCCCAUUUGUCAGCAGUUUUAAACUUUGCCAAAUAAAGGCUUAUUGGCAAACGGCAGUGAACACUCUGAUAAUGACCCAACUUUAGAAAACACACACCCUGCUGUGUUGUAUUCAAGCCACAGUUCUAUUGAAAUAAAAAAGAGAGACAAUGCCUGCUUUCAGACACUAGAGAUCCUUUGUAUUCCAAUAAAAGUCUAAAUUAAUGUUUUAAAAGGUUAUUGCUAUUUUUUCCCAUUUAGCUGGCAUCAUUUACAAGUCUUAUUUAGACAAGGUCCUGCGUUAUUUUACUAUUUCUUUUUGCACAAAAGCUAGUAUUUGAUUGCGUUAGAUCAUCAGCUUCUGGUUUUCAUUAGACAAACCUGAAAUACCCUAUUAUUAAGAUUAAACAAAAAAACAGUUGUUUUCUUAUUCUGAAACCUAUUAUUUUGAGGCUACUCUGACCAAAGGAAAAGACAUCAGCUUUGCACAACCUGACAGAGAGAUACUUCAAGAGGAGCGCCAUAACCUCAUCAAUGCUACAUUUAGGUUGUUUUUGUAUAUGCAGUCCCUUCCUAGAACUGACAAUGGGAAAGAGGGAUAAGUUAAUUCUUUGACAUUUGCAAUACUUUAUUUAUUAUGAAAGGACUUUCAAAGUGCAAACCAUAUGGCAAAAUAUACUGUUUGCCUAUGUAAUGUCAGCAUCCUGGUGAGGUGCUCCUGAGAACCUGCAAUAAAAUGGCACUCAGACUAAGGGUUAUAGGGUCUUGCAUCUCCAUGUCAUUUACACUUAGCCGGGUGUUUACUCAACCUAAGUCUCAGACUGCGCCGUUAGCAAGUAAGGGGUCACCACAGCAGUCGAACAGGAAAAAAAGGUCAAGAUAGCACUCACAAAUCAGGACUAACCUAACUCUCCCAGCCAUUCAGAUGGGAACUCUAGCCCCCUCUGAUUUCUCCCUAGCAGAUGAGAUAUUCUCUAGGGACAUCUCAUAUGGACUCCUCCUCCUGGCUUAUUCUUACUGGUCCGUUGGAUCUCAAUUUACAAGUCAUGUCUCCAGGGCACCUACACCCGGCAUACCGGAGAGGAGUUAAGGGCCCCUCCCACAUGCUAGCAAACUAUUUUAGCUCUAAUCACACCAUCUGUGAUGAUCUCUGGACUUUUGGUUUCGCACACUAGGCUGUGAGCAACAUAUGUUAGGGACUGUAUCUUUUCAUUGUUGUAUUUGCUGCAGCUAGCCCACUGCAUGCCACAUACUAGGUGUUUAAUAAAUGUUGAUUUUAUUAAUAUCCCCUCAGACCAGCUUUCCUCAUUGUCCCAUCACCUUUGCCAGUUUCCUUCUGUUCUGCCGCAGAUUCCUGUGAUGAUGGCUGGCUCCUGCCAGUGCCCAAAAGAGGCAGCGCCACUAGUGAUGUUGGCCAUUAUGCCAGCACCAGUGAGGAGCCUCCAGAAAUCAGCAUCAAGGCUGCUCACGCUUCAUGUGGAUGGUGCUACCCGUGCUGAUGCACAAGCCCCUGAUUUCAAUGCUGCAUCAUUUUGUUUGCUUAUUUUAUUCCCUGUGUCUUUGCACCACCACCCUCAUUUCUACGACAUUCUAGGCGUGGCCCUUAGGAGGUAGAAAGGAAGGCAAUCUGAAGGCAAGAGGUCUGUUGUGCUCUGAAUCACCCUUCUCUAUUUAGAGUGGCUCAAACUCAUGUACCUUGGUUCUCAUCCCUGAGAAUGAGUUUUUUCUCGGGAUACUCUUUGGCUCCUCAUUUAAAUGGGCCUUAGUGGGAUUUCUCUUCUCUAUGUCCAUUCGAUAUGUCCCAAAAUGCCCAGUUGUGAGGUUUGAAGGCUCCAGCUGGAGGCUCUCUUACUCUGAAAAACUGCCUGUCCAGAGGCAAACUUUUGCUCCCUUGCAUUUCAGAAGAGAUGUCAAGGGUCCCAGUAGGGUUGUCAGAUAAAAUACAAGGCACUCAGUUAAAUCUGAAUAUCUGCUGAACAACAAAUACGUUUUUUUAGUAUAAGUAUGUCCCAAAUAUUGCAUGAGACAUACUUGUACUAAAGAAGUGCUACACUUCAGCCCCAAACGAAACACCUCACCAGACGUGAUAACGAUGUUGUCAGGUCAUCCUUUAUCCCUGAGCUUAUUUUAAGUCAGUGAGUAUUAGAUAACUAACAAGAAAAAUAUAAAUUCCAACAAAUAUGGUGAAAUCAAACCAGAUGUUGUAUGAGACCUACUUCUACUAAAAAAUGACUCGUUAUUUAAAUGAAAUUCAAAUUUAACUGGGUGUCCUAUAUUUUUAUUUGCUACAACUGGCAACCCUAGUCCUGAGCAAAAGAAUCCAAUAGCCAUUUGAAGGACAAGAACAGUGAUGUUCCCACUAUGUCCCUAAAAUGACAGCCCUUAGGGUAGCCCUUGAUGAAAUAGAUGGAAUCAUCAAGUAUAUUUGACUUCCUGAGCCCAUUGGUUUACCCGAAUCCAGAUUACCUGGUUUACCUGAAUCCAGAUUACCUUCUGGGUUCUAGAGGGAGGACGAGUGACUUAAUCAGCAAGUUCUGGACUCUGGCUGUGUCUUACAUGUGUGCUUUAAGUGGUGAAAAGUCGUUGGGGAAGCACUGAACCACAGAGAGAGAAAAGUCUAGAGGCUACCUCUGGCAGCACUACUUCGCACUGCAUCAGAUUGGAGUUGAGCAGUGCUGCUACACAAGAGUUCUGGUUUAAAGUCAGAAAACUCAGGGAGUAGCUUGCUCAAAGAAAAUCCAAGGUUCACAUCUUGUCUUCUGCUAGCCAUUCUGCCCUUGGGAUUGACUUGGAUUCAUCUCAGCCUGUGCAUGUUGGGGAGAAGCACUGUGCUUCAGCCCAAAACUAAGUACCUCAGAAGAGGCAAUAAUGGUGUUUUCAUGUCCUCCCUUAUUCCUCUUCUACCUGGGCUUAUGUUAAGCCUUUGAGGAUUGAAUAAUUAACAAGAAAAAUAUAAAUUGUCAACAGUAUGGUGAAGUCAGGCCAAGGCAAGAAUGUGAAAUGAAUUAAUGUUAACAAGGUAGGCUUAAUUUUCUUCCCUCAGUCCUGGUUUUUGUGCUUGCCGUGAGUCUAAUGGAGUCCCAGAUGAACCAUGCCAAUGCCUGGGCAGUUGUAACAAAACAAGAGGAGAUAAAGAGGGAUGAAAUCAUCCAUGGAAGCAGGAAGCAAUGAACCACGUAAAGAAAGUGAAACAUCAUCAACGAUAAGCCUUAGUAGCAAUUUACUCAGGUUUGGGAACUUUUUGUUCUGAAGGUUUUCAAUAGGUUUUCCUAGUUUUCUGCAGCUUCCUUCACUCAAUAGAUUAAAAAAAAGACAGAAUUAUGCAGUCAUUACUGCCCACAUACUCAGGUCUUUAUUGCAUCACAGAGAUUAGAUGUGGGUGGAAAGAGUGGGAAUAGGCAACAGAGAUGGAAAUUUGAAAAGCCCUUAAUGUUUGCUUUUGCUUGAGAAUUUUGUAUUAUUUUGGUCUUUGCCAUCAUCUGGUAUUGGCCUGAGAGACUGAGCUUCUGCACUGUUGUUCUGAGAAACCACAGUUGCUGCUGAGCAAAAUGAUUAUGAGAAGGUAAAGUGGAGAUGUAACCCUAGAAAUCUGAUUCCCUGCUGUCAAGUUAUCUUUCUCUAGGGAGCAAAGGAUUCUUCUGAUUCUCGAUAGAGAACUUAACGUGGUUGGAGAUUUGUCAUUCUCUCUUCCAUAUCAAGACAAAGUGAAUUGUUAUGUAUCCAGUAUUUGGGAUAGAAAUUGCUGGAGACACAGUCUUAAGCACAGGUGGUGAGUGAUAGGCCUAAUAUAUUUCAUUUGCGUACAAAUUUGUGUGAGCAGAGCUAAUUUGGUCCAUAAUACAUCACAAAUAGAUAUGGAAAAAGCUUUAUUAGAACAUAGUUAUGGCAUAUUUCCCUUUUAAGGAACUGUAAGCAUCAAAUGACUUAUCCUAGGCAACAAAUUUGCAGAAUAAUUAAAUAACUAUUUUCAAGAAUUCUGGAAGUUACUGUAUGAAAAAUCGUAACCAAUUACUUUUCACUUUCUUGGAGGACUGAAGAAAAAACAAUUCAAAUUUUAGAAUGGGUUGUGAAAUCUCUCUCAUUAGCAUUUAUAGCAGAAGACUUCCCCAAGAGUAAUCUUCCCCAAGUGUUUGAGAAAGGUAGGAAGGCGACUCGGCAGUACCAAUCAAGGAGCCUAGGACAAUGUAGUUUUCAGGAAGAUUCACAAGUUUUGGAGGUCAAAGAAACCUACUGGUCUCUAACUAGAAAGAUUCUCGGGGCCUUUUUAUGCUAUGGUUCAGAGAUUCUUCCAACUCAGGCAUUUCCAAGCGAGGCUGCAUUAUCAAACCCAAACCCCAGUGGUUCACCCAGCAACAUUAUUCACGAGCUCCCCCAUCUUUCUCACCCUCUCCUGAAUGCUGGCUGACCACUUGGGGGUAAGGAAAACAGGAAGACUGAAAUAAGAUCUCCCAUUAGCAGCCAUUAGGAGCUCAACAUUCAUAGCUCAGCAGCCACUGAAAUAGAUUUUUCAUAAAUUUCCUGAGUAGACUUGUGGAACACAAGAUAAAGAGCAGUUAUUUUGCUCCCUCUUUUUCAGAGGCAUAAAUAACUUCCUUUGGCCACAAAGGUUUAGAGUUAGGAAUGGAACAAAGAUCACCUAGUCCAGAGACAGUAACAUGAGCUCAGGUGGCUGCUUGGAAGUUAGCACUUGAAGAGGGUGACCGAGGACUAGAUUUCAGGGACACAGCAAACAAAUAUGGGUAUCAGCAUGGAAUACAGUAAAGAGUCUUUUUCUACAUUUUCUUGUGUUCCAUUUUGCUUCAGUCCACCAUUUUUUGAUGUCCCAUCUUUGAUUACAAUAGAAGGAUCUUAAGUCAUACAAAAAGAAUCCUGUGUUGUUAUUAGCCUAGAUAUAUUCAGGACUUCUUUCAGCCCUAAUGACUCCAACGUGGGUAACAUUUACCAUGGUCGUUUCCUAAUCAUUCUGUUCAGAGUAAGACUCACAGGGGCCAAAGAGCAGUUAUGUAGACACUGCCUUGAUGAAUAUGGGAAUACCGUGGGGAAAGUGUGGAAAGAGGAGGCAUUUCAUGGAAAGAGACUGCCUUUUGAUAUGAUUAGCACAUUAAAAAAAGAUUGUUAAAAAAUAAAAGAAUCAAGUAUUAAAGCCCAAUGUAUUUAAUAAUUUUCAGAUUUAACCCAAUUCUACUUUACUGAUUUUUCUUAUAAUAAUACACAUUAGCCAGGUGAUCAAUAUUAACCAUAAAUACCCACACAGUGUCCUCCUCUCUCUCUUUCUCUCCCUCUCUCCCUCUCUCUUUCUUUCAAACACACACACACACACACACACACUGUGCUUGUGUAUAUUAAAGUGGAGACUGAAUGGUCAGUGAGUUUGUGGACAGUAUAAUACUUGUUAUUCUUCUUUCUGAGAGGCAAGAAACAAAGAAAUUCCAAAGCUUAGAUCAUGUGAGGGAACUCUUUCUGGCUCCCACUAAAUAUGUCGUCCAGUUCUCAAAACGCACAGGCUAAAGUAAACUUAGACUCUUAUCCAAAGUCUUUGCUGAGAAAACAAAGGAAUUAGGUUUUCCCUAAAGAUUUUCUUAAACCGGUCUGAUUUGUUUCUUUCCAUCCAGGCAUAUUAAAGACAGUAAGAGAAAUUUAGUCUUGGGAAUUACUAUUUUAAACAAAGGCCAAAAACAGUGGUGUCUAUUUUUAAAGCCUCCUGAUUCCUCUCCAGUAACCAAGUGCAAGGUAAUUUGAAUUCUGUUUCCAGCAACUACAGUUAACUUGAUUUCACACUACAGUUCAGCAUUCUGUCCUUUAUACUUGAUUUCUAUGAUAUUAAGUAUACACAACAUUUCCUUUCCUUUUAACCCGGUUUCCACUUACAGUUUUCUGUGUGUUUGAGCUCUGUACUGUGGCCUGCCUGAACUCAUGGAAAACUGACGACACUGAAAGAGAAUUGUUGUAGUUAAGCUUCCCUGAUGGCACUUUUUAAAAACAGCAGUGGAAAAAAAUAACAGGGCACUAGUCAGAUGUGAUUUUUGGCAGAUACUUCACUCAAGCUGCUCAGGGUAUCCCCAGAAAUUAUAAACCCUCAAAGGUGUUCAGGGUACAGUAAAUAAAGCAAGAUACAAUUAUUUUAAUGUUCAUCCUAUCGAUUCAGUUCUCUCCUCUGCAAGUUUUUAGUGACAUGGAUUUCGAUCUAAGUGAAAGGUCAACUUUGAAGUAAGUGUAAAGAUAUUUACAGGAAAUGAAGCAGAAAGUGGGCUUUCACGCAUCUUGAAAUGUCUCUAUUGUUCAGGAGAAGAUGAACUGUGUCAUCAGCCAAAAGAAAAACAGAUGCCCACCUUCAUAUAUUAAAGUUAAAUAAAUACCUACCUACCGUACCAGAAGUAUGCUAUUAACUCUGAAAUUUGAAAUUCACCAAAGUCUGUUUUCCCCAGCUUUGCAUGUGAAAGCAGGAAAUAAACAACUGUGAAUUCAGGUUCUAAGUAAAUAUGUAGCAGUUGUAGUUUGGGGGGAGAUGUAGGAGACUGCCAAGAUGAGAUAAUCAUAGUGGGGUUUUUUUCCAACAUGGGAUGCUAACUAGACAUUUGUGAUAACUACAUAAUCAACAACAUCUUUAAAUAUUUAAUUUCUUGUCAGUUGUUAUCUAAAUUGACUUCAACUCAUGUUUAUGUAAGUGUGUACGUAUUACAUAUAUACAUGUAACUAGAUCUGUCAGAGGAAAGCGGCAAAUUGAAGCAAUUACGUGGCUCAUUCUGCAGGGGAAAAAAGGAGGAGAGGAGAAACCUGUUGUUAAGGACAAGGAAUAUUUAGAAAAUUGUAACUUACCUUAUAGAUUUUUAUUUAGGUAUAGUUUGGACUUCCUCAAAUGAUAUGUCCUCCUAUUAGUCUUGGUAGACUUAUACCAAGGUCAGAAAAUUGAUUUCCUGAACGUGUUUAGAUGGUCACAUAUAAGUGAGUUUGCUGCCAUCUUAGUGCAGGACUACUUGGUUCUAUGUUGGUCUUCACUGAAUGGGAUUAGGUACCAGUUUUUUAGUUCAACAAAUAUCUACUAAGUAUCUACUGUGUCCCAGACCCUUAGCUAAGUGCAGAGGGUACACAGUUCAUUUCAAUGUAACCUAUAAGAUGUCUUGUUGUUAAAAUGAUCCCCUGGUCUGAUGCCCAAAGUGAUAACAGAAAGGUAAAAUGCAAUACAAGACUUCUGGCUUACACCUUCCAUUGCCUCACACCAGGGUCUCCUGAGAUUGGGUGAGCAUGGCAAGUUAAAUUUGGCCAAAAGACCAGAGGCAGGUGAUUCUCCAAGGUCCAUUGGCAAAGGAAGGCCAGGAAAACACGGCCACCAUGGUAGUUGAACACUCAAGCAUUAGGAUCAGGAAGACUUGGGUUACAACACAUGCAUCCUUCAUCUCUUCUUCCCCAGCCCUGGACACCAUAGAAGGAGACUCAUAUCUUUCAGAGGAUGGAUGCUCUCAUUCAGAGAUGCAUGUCAGUAUCAGGAGUUAAGAGCACCACCAUGAGCAGCGAACCAGAAGAAUCACUCCUCCAGAGAUAGAAGAGAACAUGCCAAUUCUCAGUUAGGAAAUAAAAAUACAUGCGUUAUAAGAAAAGCUGAACUUUACUUUAAGCAAGUACUCGUUUACCUGUCUAUCCCCAGCACAAAAAUACUGCAUAAUCAUUACGACAUUUAAAAAAAUAAAGAAGACCUGGAUUAGAACCUCACUUCUGCCACCUACUAGUUGAGUGAACUUGAGAAAAUUACUUAAUGUCUCUAAGGAUCACUUUCUUCCUCUGUAAAGGUGCAAUAAUAAUAAGACCUAACUCAUAGGUUUGGUGUGAAGAUGAAAUGAGAUAGUGUAUGUAAAUUUUUGGUGCGAUAUCUGGCAGUGGGUAAAUGUUCAGUAAGUGCCAAAUAUUCUUCUCAUCCCUACUUCUGCUAUAGCUGGGCAACCUGACGAGCUGCAGGCACUGUGGACCUAAUGUCCUGCACAUGCCUGAAACUCAACUUUUAGAAGGAAGCCCUACUGUUUAUUCGAAUACGUGCUAUAGUGGCAAAUAAGGAAAUAGCAGUCAGUGGUAUUUGUGACUUUCCAUGGUAACCAUUUCUAUUUACUCCUCUUAGCUGGAGGAAAUAAAGCAAUACCGGCUGAAUUAGUUGGAACAUGCCAUUCACUUUUUACCACAAUGUGCUCCAGGGUUCCUUGAAAAGAAAACAGGUAGUUAACCUGUCUCCUGCCAACAGCAAGAGGCCCAAUGGCUUUGUCGACAACUCAUUCCUGGAUAUGAAAAGAAUCCGUGUUGGGGAGAAUCUCUCUGCAGGACAAGGGGGCCUCCAAGUAAAUAAUGGACAAAGUCAGGUUAUGUCGGGGACCUUGCCCAUAAGCCAAGCACCCCUGAGAAAGCCUAACACUCUGCCUCCACAUGCGCAUUCUCCGGGCAGUGGUAUGUUUAACAUGGGCCUAAAGGAGGUGAAGAAGGAACCAGGAGAGACUCUGUCUUGCAGUAAGCACAUGGAUGGCCAAAUGACCCAGGAGAAUAUUUUUUCUAAUAGGUAUGGAGAUGACUCUGGAGAGCAGCUGAUGGAUCCUGAGCUGCAGGAACUGUUCAAUGAACUGACCAACAUAUCUGUGCCUCCCAUGAGUGACCUUGAGCUGGAGAACAUGAUCAAUGCCACCAUAAAGCAGGAUGACCCAUUUAACAUUGACUUGGGUCAGCAAAGCCAGAGGAGCACUCCCAGGCCCACCUUGUCUAUGGAGAAGACAGUGAUCAAAAGUGAAUACUCACCCGGCCUGACCCAGGGCCCCUCGGGCUCUCCCCAGUUGAGGCCCCCAUCAGCUGGGCCUGCAUUCUCUAUGGCCAACUCUGCCCUUCCCACUUCAUCCCCAAUCCCUUCAGUCCCUCAGAGCCAGGCUCAGCCUCAGACAGCCUCAGGAGCAAGCCGAGCCCUGCCGAGCUGGCAGGAAGUAUCCCACGCCCAACAGCUCAAACAGAUAGCUGCCAAUCGUCAGCAGCAUGCCCGGAUGCAACAGCACCAGCCUACCAACUGGUCAGCCUUGCCCUCUUCUGCUGGGCCAUCCCCAGGCCCAUUUGGGCAGGAAAAAAUCCCCAGCCCUUCUUUUGGUCAGCAGCCAUUCAGCCCACAGAGCUCCCCCAUGCCUGGGAUAGCUGGCAGCAGCAGCCAGUCAAAAGUAAUGGCUAACUACAUGUACAAGGCCAGCCCCUCGGCCCAGGGAGGACACCUGGAUGUACUCAUGCAGCAAAAGCCUCAGGAUCUCAGUCGAAGUUUUAUUAAUAACCCGCACACAGCCUUGGAGCCCCGUCAUGGCAACACCAAGCCUUUGUUCCAUUUUAACUCAGAUCAAGCAAGCCAACAGAUGCCUUCUGUUUUGCCUUCCCAGAACAAGCCUUCUCUCCUCCACUACACCCAACAGCAGCAGCAGCAGCAGGGCUCAAUUUCAGCUCAACAACAACAACAGCAGCAGCAGCAGCAACAGCAGCAGCAGCAGCAGCAGCAGCAACAGCAGCAGCAGCAACAACAACAGCAGCAGCAACAGCAGCAGCAACAACAGCCACAGCAGCCAACAUCCCAGCCCACACAACCUCUAUCAAGUCAGCCUUUGCUAAGAUCACCCUUGCCACUUCAGCAAAAGAUCCUGCUUCAGAAAAUGCAGAAUCCACCCAUCACAGGACUGGGGUAUCAAGUCUCCCAACAACACAGACAGGAUCAACACUCUGUGGUAGGCCAGAACACAGGCCCCAGUCCAAGUCCCAACUCCUGCUCAAAUCCAAACACUGGAAGUGGUUAUAUGAACUCCCAGCAAUCACUGUUGAAUCAGCAAUUGAUGGGAAAGAAACAGACUCUACAGAGGCAGAUCAUGGAGCAGAAACAGCAACUUCUCCUUCAGCAGCAGAUGCUGGCUGAUGCGGAGAAAAUUGCUCCACAAGAUCAGAUAAACAGACAUUUGACAAGGCCGCCCCCAGAUUAUAAAGACCAAAGAAGAAAUGUGGGCAAUAUGCAACCAGCUGCUCAGUAUUCUGGUGGCUCAUCAACAGUGAAUUUAAACUCUAACCAGGCUUUGGCAAACCCAGUUUCAACACAGACCAUUUUAACUCCAAAUUCCAGCCUCAUGUCUACUUCCCAUGGGACAAGAAUGUCAUCAUUAUCCACAGCAGUUCAGAACAUAGGGAUGUAUGGAAAUCUACCUUGCAAUCAACCUGGCACAUACAGCGUCCCUUCAGGAAUGAAUCAGUUGACCCAACAGAGAAACCCAAACCAACUGAUAGCAAAUCAAAACAGCCCUCUGAUGCCACGGCUGCCUACCUUAGGGCCAACUAAUAACAAUAAUGUGGCCACUUUUGGAGCUGGACCUGUUGGCAAUUCGCAACAAUUGAGACCAAAUUUAACCCACAGUAUGGCGAGCAUGCCAGCACAGAGAGCGUCGAACGUAAUGAUCACAGCCAACACAACAGCACCAAACUGGGCCUCUCAAGAAGCAACAACCAAACAGCAGGAAUCCCUAAAGUCCACAGGAGUCCGCUUCCCCACAGGUACACCUGCAGCCUAUACUCCAAACCAGUCAUUGCAACAGGCAGUAGGUAGCCAGCAAUUUUCCCAGAGGGCAGUGGCUCCUCCUAACCAGUUAACACCAGCAGUGCAAAUGAGACCCAUGAACCAAAUGAGCCAAACAUUAAAUGGACAAAACAUGGGUCCACUCAGAAGUCUGAAUCUCAGACCCAAUCAGCUAAGCACACAGAUUUUGCCUAAUUUGAACCAGUCAGGAACAGGAUUGAGUCAGGCAAGGACAGGCAUAAGCCAGCCACCAUCCCUGACACCCAGCAAUUUUCCUUCACCCAACCAAAGUUCCAGGGCUUUUCAAGGAACUGACCAUGGCAAUGACUUAGCUUUUGACUUUCUCAACCAACAGACUGAUAGUAUGGGCCCUGCCCUAAACAGUGAUGCUGAUUUCAUUGAUUCUUUAUUGAAGACAGAGCCUGGUAAUGAUGACUGGAUGAAAGACAUCAAUCUUGAUGAAAUCUUGGGGAACAACUCCUAAAGGAGAAAAGGGAGACAAUUCACAAACUCCAAGCACUAAAAAGCAGUAUUCUCCAAGGACUCUGUAAAGGCCAAACUGUUGACUUUUAGUUGGACUACAUGAAGAUACCUUGGCUUAAUAAUGAAAAGCAGAAAGUAACUGUAGUGGUGAACAUUUUGGUCCAAAUGCUCAUUUUAAAUCUCAAUCCUGAAAGUAAGACAUGGGGAUCGCUUUUCCCUGUCUAAACUCCAGGACACAGUAUCCAGUUUAUCCAAACAGAACUGUGAUGUUGAUGUGUAAUUAGUUGUGUAAAAUAGGCAUCCCAAGUUCCUUUUCUCCCUGAAAGAAAAGUAAUAGAACUUGUAGCUUGUUUAAACCCCAUGUCACAUGGAGGUACUAGUUCCAAGCCACAAGCAACAAAUUCCUUAAUUUGCUCUAAUAGAUAUAAGUAUGGUUUUCUCUUUUCAUUUAGUUUUCCUAAAACUUCCAGCGUAGAUUGAAAUGUUAUAGGUUUGUUUGGAGUAACCAAACAGCGUCCUAAGUAAACAAAAGCUGGAGAACCUAGAGAACAUCCGGUGGAUUCUAGAAUUUUUUCCCCAAUUCACUCCUCACUUUUCCAGUUUUCCCACAUGUCCUGUACUUCAGCAAGAUGCUGUGUCUAGUGAUGAAACAAGAAUGCAGAGCUGUCCAGUUUUAUUUGGUCUUCCGCAAUCAAUUUCUGAAUCCAUUUCCAACUCUUAGAUACAACCAUGACCUGUCCUAACCAUACUGAAAAAUUAGUGCACACCUGUCUGCAUCAGAUUUUACUAUUUAAAAAAAAACACCCUGUUGGUUGUUGCUCUAAAGGAGAUUUAUUUGGCCACAAAUAACUUGGGGUAUUGCUUAUUGUGAUGAUGCCUGCUGGUUAAUUCUGCGGCUGCGUGAAAUUGAGCCUAGUCCUUCCUGCUUAUUUUGAUGACCAGAGACUGAUUUGUAAGAAAAGGAAGUUUGGAGACCAAAACUGAGAUUAGAAGGUAUCACGUUUUGGUUGGAAAUAAGCAAAAGAUCAGGUCCAGACAUAGUGGGUCUGGGUGCCUACAACUCUAUUUCAUGGGGUUUGAAGGAAAGCAUAAGUGAGAGAGAAAACAGUCUGUCCUUAUUUAGACAUAUUACUUGGGUAAACAGCUAAAUAGAAUGUGAUCUGUUAGUAGCAGUCUAUUCAUUCUUCUGUCCCUGAUGUGAUGAAUCAUUGCCACAUGCUAAAUGGACCCUUCAUAUCCAGGUUUUCUCCCUCAGGGCUGAGCACUGUAUCAAAGAAAGAGUUUUUGUUGAGUCCUGUAACCUCAGUGCCCACAUACAAAUCAGCUGUAAAAUGGGGAAGAUGUGUGCUGAUUUGGGAUGGAUGCAAAACAUCACUAUUAUUUUCCUCAUUGGAGGAACACAGGUUAUCUUCAGCCUUUUUAGUUAUACACUCACAUAUUCAACUAUCAAAUGUAAUUUAACUGAAGUCAUUUAAUAACUAAAUCUUUAAAUAUCUGUUCUAAAAAGAAUACAUUUUGAAAGUUCUGCAAAGCCCUCUCCCAAUCUUUAAAAUGUCUAGAAGCACUCUCUUUCUUUUACACAAUACCAACAGCACUGGCCCAGAAUCUUUUCUGUGCUAGGUUGUAAAUAUAAAUAAAUUACUUGUUUUGUAAACUUUUGUAAAGAAUAUUUUGGUAGAAAUACUUAAAACAUAUUCUUUGGGUUAUAUUUAUACAUAUGUGAAAUAAAUAUACUAUCAAAAGGUUAUAUUUUAUACAAAAAGUAAAUUGUUACCUUUUGUAUGCUAAUAUACAAAGUUUUGUAUAAUAUGAUGGUUUAUUUUUAGCUCUACACUUAAACCAUUGGAGGUCAAGUGGGAACUUUUGAAAACUAUCAAGAGGCUUGUUAGACAAAUUUAUACUCUGAAAUCUCAGUAAGAAAGCAUUCCAGGUUUCAAUCCUUUCCUUUUUUUUUUCCCUGCUCCCAAAUUCUUUUUUAAGCCCACAGUUCUUGUGUCGUUUGAUUAUUCUGCUGUGCACAUUGUAUUGGUCCUUGUUGCAUGUGGUCUACUGCGUGUUUUCCCAUUUUAUAAAACAGUGUUUCUCCAUGCAAAAAAGUAAGGAAAAAAUUAUGUACAUAUAAACACUUUUAUUUUCUGGCUCUUCCAUGUUAUUGUAUAUAUCUGCCAGCACGUCCCAGUUACACUCCUGUGAUUCAGCUUAUUUUUACCCUAACAUAAAUAGUAUGUUUUGUAGUAGCUAUCAAACUUAAGGGAUAAAGCAAUCAGAAUGUUUGGAUUUUCUUCUAUCUUAAUGUGAAUUUCAUAAUUAAUGUCUAUUUAUUCAGCUAUUCAUUAAAAUACAGGAUUCUUUGGAAAAAAUGGUGUAGUCUAUAGUUUCUGUUUGUUGGCAGCCUAUUACCAAAGAUGACGUAAUUUUCCUGAAAGCUGAGAUAAUGACAAUUUGAUGACAUAUGUAGCCAAAAACUUUAGAUUUACAACUAAAAGCUAUUGGAAUACAAUCUCCCAUUUAUAGAAAUACAAGACUACUUAAUUGUUGGCAUUGUUUAUCAUUCUGACAUAUUAUACAGGAGGUAGAAAUAAUUUUUCUUUUUUUUAAUUCAAAGACUAGAAAACAAUUUAAGCAAAUAAUUCAUUCUUGGCUUUGUGUUAAGACCAAUGAAGAUAAAUAACUCUGCUCUAAGUGAGUGCACUAAUAUUCCUUUCAUUACUGUAACUGUACCCAUAACUGUAAAGAUUUCAACUUGUAAAACAAGUAUUUUGUAUUGUGUGUAAUUCCAUGUGUUAAAAAAAUAGUUUAAAAAAAUUCAGAAGUGG